CACAGAUUAUGAAGGAGGGUUUCUACCCAUCAUCAUGACAGAAUAAAUGAUACUGAACUAGACCUCCCACUAUUUCCCACCUCCUUGGAGACAACAAGCUUCUGACGUCCCCAGCAGCCUUGAGUCUUCAACGUUCUGGAAGCAUGGACCGUUUGGACUUGCUUGGGUUCCUCAUCAUCACGUUAAACUGCAAUGUGACUAUUGUGGGGAAGAUCUGGCUUAUCUUCAUGAUCUUGCUAAGGAUGGUGGUGAUCAUUGUGGCUGGGUCCCCCGUUUACCAGGAUGAGCAGGAGAGGUUUGUGUGCAACACUCUGCAGCCCGGGUGCGCCAAUGUCUGCUAUGAUGUCUUCUCCCCAGUGUCCCACCUGCGCUUUUGGCUGGUCCAAAGCGUGUCUGUUCUUCUCCCUUCAGUGGUUUUCAGUGUCUAUGUGCUGCACAAAGGAGCUGAGCUCGCUGCCCGGGGACCCUGUGGGCCAGAUGGUGGUUCAGAAAGCCAGGACCUUGCGGAUCUGAGCCCCAGGGAUAGGCUCUGCCCUCUGCCCUGCAGGGAGGGGCGUAGCCUAGUAGUGCCAGACUUCUCCUACGGCUACAUUGUGCACCUCUGUCUUCGGACCCUGGCAGAGACAGCUUUAGGGGCCUUGCAUUACCUCCUCUUCGGAUUCUCGGUCCCCAACAGGUUUUCCUGCGACCACUCUCCCUGCUCUGGCUCAGUGGAUUGCUAUGUCUCUCGGCCCACAGAGAAGUCCAUGCUGAUGCUCUUUCUCUGGGCACUCAGCGCGCUCUCUGUGCUGCUCAGCGUGGCCGACCUGCUCUGCAGCUUGGGCAGGAGGACUCUCAGGGAGCCGGGACCCGCUGAGUGUCCCCGGGAAAGGAGGCCAGAUCCGGUGGUACUGGAUAGGCUGGGGGAGGAAAGGGUGUUGCUAGCACACCGUGGCCUGUGGACCAGAGGGCACGGUGCCCACAGCCCCAGUGGUCAGUGGGCUAUGUCGGGGCGGAUGGAGCUUCUAGAGGAGGAUGAGAGUGAGGGGCUGUCCUUUACCAGCGACAAGGUCUCCAGGGCUUGCACAGAGCCUGGGGGCAGGCCUCGCGCAGAGGCCCCUCCGGACUCCCGAAAUGAGCAUCCCUUAAAACCCCACCGUCUGCAGGCCCAGCACUGCCCGUCCAGUCUGUGGCAACCCUCAACCCACCAGGCUGGUGCUGGGAGCGCCCCUCUCCUGGGGACCAGAAGAUCCGAGUGGGUGUGAAAAGGGCGGCCAGGCAGUGCAGUGACUGAAAGACUCGAACCCUAACAUCACCUUGGCACGUGGAAAAUCUUUAUGUUCCUGGAGAAUAUCAAUGGGCAGGAAGGCCAGCUGGCCUGUGACAAGGACUUCAUGGGACACACACAGACUUGUACUAUUGAUUUAAUUUAGAUCACCCUGUCUGCUGAAAGAAACCCUUGCAUUCAAAUUUGGACUGGAAGCUAAAAUGAUUGAUUGCAGUGUCAGGUUGCUUAGGGAUUAUGCUAUACCCUGACUGGCUUGUUAUCUUAUUCUUUAUCAUAGUAUGUGCUUUAUGUAAAGCAUGUUCUUUUACAUUAACAGAGUUCAUUACUGUUUUAAUAUUUUCCAGUGAAUUAUUAUGAGUCUUUUCUUUUUAUUUGUUUUUCAUAUUUUCCUUUUUGUUUAUUUUUCUGCUUGGAUAAAAAAAAAGGCAUCUUAAGCAUGUCAUCAGUAGAGACACAUUAGUUUAACUUCUCCAAACCCCUUUAAUAAAAUUAAUGGUGAUUGCUUAUGAUAUCCCACUUCAUACUUCAUUGUUAUAGGAGACAAAUGACAAAUGCAGAAAAUAUGACUAGUUGGGGUUUUAGAGGCAAUGUUGAUGGUUAUAGCAUGCAGAUGGAAGGUGCACAGAAUGUGGGUUGGCCCUGACUUACUUGUUUGUUCUGUGUCUCUGAGUGGUUGUCCUCACUGAUUAGAGGGCCCGCUUGCACUGGAAAUUGUACCUUCAGGUUGCGCUGAGUCUUCAUGCUCCAGUGUAGCAGAUGAGAAGCAUGGGGAAUGCUGUGGUUUCACAGUUCCUGCCCCUCUGCUCAUGGAAUGGGCACAAACUUGUUGCUGCACUUCUCUUCAUUGCUUUGGUUUGUGUGACUCUGUUAGAUCUGUA